AUGGUGUACUAUCGCACAAUUCCCGAGAUUGACAACGCCUUCCAGCGCAUGGUUGGCCUUCACGACUACUUGGAUCCUUCCCAUCGCCCAGACGGACAGCGCGCUCUGGAGCUAGCCUCCCUACAGCCUGGACAGAGCGUCCUCGAAAUUGGUGCCGGUAGUGGCCGAUUGAUCGCCGAUGCGAAGCGGGCGGUUGGCGCUGGGUUCUGCGUCGCCGUGGAUGCUGUGCAGGGCUUUCUUACCAUCGAUAUCCCUUGGCAGCUCAACCACGCGGGCCUCACUGUGCCUCCUCAAGGAGCUCCCCAACAGCAAGUCCAUCUUCUGUGCGCAAACGUCACCGAUGGCGCUCUAAAAAAUCGUAUCGCCGCGCUGCCUGGGGCGCCCGAGACCUUCGAUUGUAUCUUCGCUCUUCACCUACUCAAGACGAUUCCGGCCGACCAACGUCUUCAACUGCUUCGCAACUUACGCAAACUGCUCAAGCCUACUGGACGCCUUAUCAUCACCAUGUCCGCCCGCUUCACCGACAUCGCGCCCACGCCUGCUGAGACGACCGUUCCUGUGCAAUUCAGGUCCACCGGUCACACCGAAGCUCCCGGCUCCAUCCUUCUCAUACAGGUCACCGAUAUGCCUCGCGUCCCUGUCCCCCAAGGUCCUCCUCUUCCGCUCAGGCAGGUACAAUUCGCUAUACAGAUGGCUCCCGAUCGAUUCUGGGUGACGGCCGCUCAACAAGCGCGCGACGCGGCGAUAGCUGCAGGCUUUCUGGUCGACACUUCCCGCCCUGUAGGCAAAGGCGAUUGCUUUGGCCUACCUGUUCUUGGCCGCUCGCCUCCCCAGGCUGUGCUUGACCGUAUGUCCAACGAGGAGAUUUACGCACAACUGCAGGACGCCGUGCAGCAUGGGUACGCGUGCAUUGGUCGCGCCAACGAGACCGCGCUUAGGCGCAUCAUCCCUAACUGGUCGUCCAUGUCGUCGCAUCAGCAGGACUACGCCAUGGUGAUGAAUAUGCAGGCGAGAGCUGCUCACUUUGCAGCGAGGGUUGUGGAAGGCAACAGGGAUUUGCCAGGCGGCGUGCUGGCGGAGUUGGCAGAGCAUGUGCAGCUUGGCACUAUGGUGGUUCUGCGCAAGGGCUGA